GUAAACAAGUUUGCCCAGCACACCUGGGGUCCACUCAAACUCUGACGCUGCGAACUGAAAACUGAUAAACUGAAUGACUGUAAUGUAUUGCAUCCCAAUGACUGUAUAAUGUGGACGCCUAUCAACCGCGUGCUUUCAGAUAAAGGCUCUGCAGUGCCCUAGCUGCAUGCAGCAGUUGCACUACAGCCUUUUAUUUUCAGGAACUGUCGCUUUAAGAAGCCUUUCACUGCGCAGAGGCGCUCCAGCAGCUCAUCACAUGAUUCUUCUCUUGUGACAAUCCAGACAGAGAGGAAAAGCCUUUCUGACUUCCAGCUGAGUUAUAAGGUGCUGCGAUGUCAGAUUACUGUUGUUUUCGUAGCGACAGACCAACUCCAAGGAGGGAAAUGGCGUUAAGUUAAGCAUUACCAGACUGACUCAGUCCAUUCCUGUUUUCAACGUGGACAUUUGGUAAAAAUUUGGGGUUGUUGCGCCGACGGAGACAAAGUUGGCGCAUGGAGAGGGACGAAGUUUCAUUUUUGCGCAGCGUCUUUUCUUUGUUUUUGUCGCCACUGCGUGUCAACCAACGUCGCACGGCUUUUCGGACAACAAAAACCAAAUAGCUGGAGUUCAGUUUUGACGCUUUCUGUUGCUGGAGUUAAUUAAGUUAAGGGCAGAGAACGAGACAACUUGAGGACGCAUUACGUCGGGUGAGAUGGUGGACAGCAAACCUCUUCUUCAGGACAGACCUCCCGCCUACAACGCCGUCCCCGGGGCUUACGAGUACGGCCCGCAGCAGCAGCACAGCUAUGGGGCCAUCCCCCAGCCGGCCCCGCCGCCCUACUCGUACCCCGAUGGCCAAGGAUACCCAUCAGCCCAAAUGGGCCCUGCCGUAGCCCAGCAGCCCUAUGCUGGGACUUACACCAUCAUCCAACCCUCUGUAGUGGUGGUGGGAGGCUGCCCUGCCUGCAGAGUUGGCGUCCUGGAGGAUGACUUCACUUGCCUGGGGAUCCUGUGCGCCAUCUUCUUCUUCCCCCUGGGUCUCCUCUUCUGCUUCGCACUGCGUCAGAGAAGGUGUCCCAACUGUGGCGCCACCUUUGGCUAGAGGGACCAAACCACAGCUCAUGCACCUGCUCGUGCUCCCAUGCACGCACACACACACACACACACACACACACACACACACACACACACAAUCCAGCAUUUUUGUGUCUUUUAUCUUGUUAUCUUUUCUUAACAUUGCACAUUGCUGUUGCCAUUAUGUUAUGUACAAGUGAUCAAGAUGAUAUUACCAUGAAUUAUGAUGUACGUUUUUAUUAGAGCAGCGAAUAGAAAUCUAUUUUCAUCUGCUAGUUGAGGAUAUAUUCUAGCAUAUGAAGUGUCCAGCUGUUGCCAGUGCCUUCACUACAUGCUGUGAUCAUCAGAGAUUCCAUCAGUCAUGAUUUAGCUCAGUUAUCCAAGCAUCUGAGCAGAUUCCUUUAAGUUUAGUCAAGCCAGAAUUAACCGAGGUACAUGUAGUUUAUGUUAGUUUCUGAGUUCUUUUCUUCCUUUUUUCGGUCUUUGCUGGCACGCUGCACACACGUUUUGGUUAACAUUGUGCUUAGUAACAUUGUACUCACCACAGCAUCCAUGUAGAUCACUUAGCUUUUUCCAGAAAUCUUCUUUUGGCUCAGUGUGUCACAUGAAAUAACACAUACAUGUUUAAAAUAAGACGCGUAAAGAUCCUUGGACGUGAACUGUCCCGGCUGAAAAGAUGGACUUGCCUCAGACAGGAAGCCUGCACCGGUUUGUCUGUUUUUGUUGAUAUUAUUUCUUGGGGCCAUAUUUGCACUGACCGUUUGUUUGAUGAUUAUUCUGCUGGGUUGUGCUUUUCCAGGGCCAAUGCAGACCUCAGGUACAUACAAUCUGAAAUGCCCUCGACUUUACAACCUCAAUCACUGUUUGACUUCGGACUUCUAUCUACUUUUAAAGAGGAAAGUGCAGACUCCUUUAACAUGCAGAGUAUCACUUCAAGGAAGCAUGCUGAGAGUAAAAGCUGAAGAAAUCUCAAUAAUGUGUAUAAUCUCUGGAUUUGUAUCUUAGUACUCUACUGUGUGACAAGUCACCCGUCCCCAUUUCUCCCAGCCAGACAAUCAAUCAAGAAUGUCUAUGUUCCUGUGUCUGCAGUAUCUCCAUGUCUACGUCUUCCAUCGCAGCAACAUGUAAUAUAACUGUUCAUGACAGAAGAAAAAAAAAAAGAGAUAUAACUGGGUGGGAGGGAUGUAAAAAAAUUCUUCUUGCUUUAGAAAACACACUACGCACGCUCUUAUGAUUGAGGUUCUUACUUUUUAUAUAUGAGUUAUUGUAAUUAAAAAUGAAUGCUACUUGUG